UACAAAAAAAGCUGAGAUAAUUAUUUCUCUCAUCUCUGUCUCUCGACGUACGAAAAUUUCGUUAUUAAGUUUCAGUCUAAUGGCGUCAAUUUCGUCCUUUGGCUGCUUCCCUCAAUCCACAGCGCUCACCGGAACUUCCUCCACCACCAGAUGCCGGACGGCUGUGGCUGCUCGAUUAGCCGACCAAUCAGAUGAAUUCUCUCCUCUUCGUUCUUCUGGUGGGAAUUGUGGAUGUGUUCAUAAUUCUGGAGAGUUUGAUCGCAGAAAACUGUUGCUUUCUUCUGUUGGUUUGUUGAUUGGAGCCUUGUCUUACGAUGCGAAAGAUGGAGACUUUGCCUCAGCUUCUCAAUUCGCUGACAUGCCAGCGCUUAAAGGGAAAGAUUAUGGCAAAACAAAAAUGAAGUAUCCAGAUUAUACAGAAACACAAUCUGGUCUUCAGUAUAAGGAUUUGCGAGUAGGAACUGGGCCUAUAGCAAAAAAGGGAGACAAAGUUGUGGUUGACUGGGACGGUUACACAAUAGGUUACUAUGGCCGCAUAUUUGAAGCUCGCAACAAAACAAAAGGGGGUUCUUUUGAGGGAGAUGAUAAGGAGUUUUUCAAAUUUACCUUGGGAUCCAAUGAGGUGAUACCUGCUUUUGAGGAGGCUGUCUCUGGGAUGGCUCUCGGUGGUAUCAGAAGGUUAAUUGUACCGCCCGAGCUAGGAUACCCGGAUAAUGACUACAACAAGAGUGGGCCGAGGCCGAUGACUUUCUCUGGACAACGUGCAUUAGAUUUUGUGCUGAGGAACCAAGGGCUCAUAGACAAGACACUUCUCUUUGAUGUUGAACUCCUCAAAAUUGUACCCAACUGAUGUAACAUCGACAGUCUACACUACACUCACGUACAUAUAUAAAUAUAUUUAUGAUGUGUAUACUUCAUCGGCACAUUCGUGUAAAUUGAGCUCUGGUUAUAUAUCAUUUUUUUCGAGUGUUAAGGAAAAAAAAA